AUGGCUGUGUUGGAAACUAAAGUGGGGAAUGAUAGCUUAAGUAGAGUGAAUGGUAAUAUUUGGAAGGAGUGGGAGUAUGCAAAUAACAAUGAUAGUCACCCUAAUGGGAGAAUUUGGGUAGGAUGGAAUAAGGAUAUUAUCAGAUUGAAUGUUAUUGAGAAAAAUCCGCAAUUCAUUCAUGGGGAGGCUUGGUUAGUAAAGGAGAGUUCUCUUAUAGCCUUAACUAUAGUCUAUGGGUAUAAUCAACCUUUGGAAAGAAGAAGACUAUGGAAGGAAAUUAAUAGGCUAUCCGUUUGGAUGGGGAACAAACCAUGGCUAAUAAUGGGUGACUUUAAUGCAAUUAAGGGUCCAAAUGAGAAAAUUGGAGGAGUGUCAUGGGGAGAUACUUAUUGUGAUGACUUAAACAAGUGUUGUGGGGAAGCAAACCUAGAUGAUCUUCGGUAUAUGGGAAACCAACUCACUUGGAGUAAUUGUAGUGAAGGACAUAGGAGGAUAGCAUGCAAGUUGGAUAGAGCACUAGUAAAUGAAAAUUGGAAAGAUGCUUUUGAGGAAUCCCUAGCCAUUUUUCUCAACCCUUCCAUCUCUGACCAUUCCCCAUGUAUUGUGACUUGUGGAGGUGGUGAAAAGAGGAGGAAGGUCCCUUUCAAGUUCUACAACAUCAAGCUUAAGAGAUUAAAAGGUGUUUUAAGGAGGCUAAAUAAGGAGGGGUUUUGGAGAAUAUCAGAAAAGGUGGAAGAAGCAAAAGAUAGGUUGGAGGAUGUUCAAAAUAGACUACAAAGCAGCCCUCUAAAUGAAGAUUUAGCUAAAGAAGAAAAGGUUUGGUUGGAGAACUACAAAAGUCUAAGUGAAGCUGAAGAAUCUUUAGCUCGCCAAAAAGCUAAAGUUCAUUGA